AUUUUCAAUCAACCUAAAUUGAUGAAACUAUUGAUUAAAUUCUUGACAGAAACACAUCGAAAAAGUGGAGUACUUUAAGUUGUCAACAAUUAUUGCGUAGUUACAACAGCGGUACGGUCAAUGAUCAACUGUUUGUUUACACUUGCAGAUGUGCAGUGCAAGUAGCAACUUGACAUUUAAAAAUGUCAGUAUGUAGCUGUUAAAACCUAAUCAUGUUUUGAAAUUUUUCCCUAAUAACGUAUUGUUAAACUGUAACAAUUUCGUACCUGUGCGAAAUCGUAAAUUAAAUGACACUUUUACUAUGCCGGCAGAUCUAAACCGAUUAACAGAAGGUUGGUUAGAACUAGAAAGUGAUCCAGGGCUUUUCACUCUUUUACUCGAGGAUUUCGGUGUGCGAGGAGUUCAAGUUGAAGAAGUAUAUGAUUUGCAAAAAGCAAUUGAAGGACCAGUCUAUGGCUUCAUAUUCCUUUUUAAAUGGAUUGAAGAAAGAAGAUCCAGACGUAAAGUAACCGCUGAAGAAAGUUUCGUAGAAGAUGAAGAAACUAUUAAUAGAAUAUUUUUUGCUCAGCAGAUGGUGCCUAAUUCAUGUGCAACUCAUGCUCUUUUAAGUGUGUUAUUGAAUUGCCCGAAAAUAUACCUUGGCCCUACACUGGCAAGAUUGAAAGAACAUACAGCUAACAUGAAUCCAGAGAAUAAGGGCUAUGCUAUAGGAAAUACUCCUGAACUUGCUCGAGCUCACAAUAGUCAUGCCAAACCAGAGCCAAGGCAUCUGCAUGAAAAAUCACAUGGUGUAUCUACAGGUCGAACAGUAGAAGCUUUUCAUUUUGUUAGCUAUGUUCCAAUAGGAGGAAGAUUAUUUGAAUUGGAUGGACUAAAACCAUAUCCUAUUGAUCAUGGACCUUAUGGAGAAGAUGACUGGACUGAAAAAUUUCGUCAUGUCAUGACUGAACGAUUAGGUCUGGCUACAGCUGGGGAACCUUACCAUGAUGUACGUUUCAAUUUGAUGGCUGUUGUACCUGAUCGACGAAUAGCUUAUGAGCAAAAAUUAAGGACAUUAAAAACCAAUCGGCAAAUAGUGUUGGAAGCUCUUCAACAGCUUGUCAAAUUAACUCAUCCAGAAUUAACAUCAGAUGACCAUGCUGCAGUUGUAGCAGCUAUGAAUUCAAAACCUCCUUGUUCAACUGAGGAUGAAAGCACACAACCAUAUAGUUUGGACUCAAAACCAAAAAAUGUAUUAAAUCAAGAAGCUACUUCACCCUUUCCCAAAAUACCUGCUUUAGACAGUCACAACUAUGCUAAAAGUCCUCUUAUGGAAGGUUUGGCAUCUGGUCGAACUGAUAUGCCUCAUUAUGAGGAUUACAGUGGUUCUGAUUAUUCUGAUGAUGAAUCAAGAUCUGUCGAUAAAGAGAUUUCAAGGGAAGGCUUGGAAUCCCCAUCUAGCUCAAAUACUAAAUCAACCAUUGAAGGCAAAGACACCGCUAUGACACCACUCUCUAUUGACACUUCAUCUAGUCUAAUGCAACCUCUUAGCAUCCAGACUAAAUUUGAAACAUCCCCAGCUCCAAGUGCUUCAAGUACUGACACAUCAUCAGAAGUUGGCAGCGCUUUUAAUUCUCCUGUCCAAAGUGUUCACAGCAGUUGCAGUCCGAACUCUGUGAAAUCACUUUGCCCUUUAGACUCAUUUAUAUUUGAUGAUGUGAGAGACAUUAAGAAGUUUGUUGUCAUUCGUAUGACUUCAGGCUGUGAUAGUGAUGUUCAGGCUCAACCUGAAGUUAAAGUUUCACAACCUGAACCACAAUCUAUUGAUAGUGCCAGGAGGAGUUUUGAGAGCUCAUGUGGCAAAUCUUCUGAAGAAAUACCUUUCAAGAAACUGAGAAGUGAUUCAGCAUGCAAUACAUCGAGUAGUUUAAAGCUGAAUAUUUCUGAUGAUAAACAUUCAGUGGAGCCUAAUAAGUCAGAUGAAUCAUCGAAACAGGAUAGUUGUAUGUCUAAACAUCCUCAACUAAUUGAACCUCAUCACUUUGCUCCAAAGGAUUUACUAGCCUUAUUAAAAACAGUUGAAACAGAAAUAGAAAUUUGUGAACUAAAUUUACACGAUGAAGUUGAAAAAAGGAAAAAAUAUAAGGUGGACGAUUGCCGAAGAACACACAAUUACGAUCAGUUUAUAUGUACUUUCCUUUCCAUGCUUGCAGAACAAGGAAAAUUAGCUGAUCUUGUUGAGCAGCAAUUGGUGGUUAGAAGACGACAAGGAGUAGCUGUUGGUCGUUUGCAUAAAACUAAAAAGCCAGACAAACGACGCAGAUCUCGACCUCGUAAGAGGAAGUGAAAAUUUAAUGUUAUACUCAUUUCUUCACUUUUGUUAUGGUUGUUCUAUUGUUAACUAUGUAAAUAGAUAAGAUGAUUUUAUGAAACACAAUAGUAAACUUACAUUUAUCGAAGCAAAGCUUUCUUUGAAUAAAAUAUGAGAUGUUUAUAAGUGCCACAAAAAAUUUCAUUUUUUAUUUGUUGGUUUAAAACAUAGAAAUGUUUAUAUUUAAAACUUAUAUAAAUGUUGUAAAUUACUGUGACCUUAUAUGUGUUUUGUUUUUCUUAUUGUUGAUGUAUAAAAUUAUUCCUUGAAAUUGUGAAUUCACAUUUUGCACCAAAUGCCAUAACUGCUGAGUGUGACAUAAAUGUGUGGACUAAAUUAUCAAAAUACAAUAUAGAAUUUUUUAUCCAAUAAACAGGAACAAUUCUUUAACUUAUUCGGAAUAGGAAAUUGUUUGACUCAAAUAUCACUUAACCGAGAAAUUUUCAUGAUUGAUUUGAUCGCAAAAUCUAAAAUAUAAAAAUUUAAAAAAAAUUCUUGCAAAAUAGCUCUUAAAUUUGCUGUUUUGAUUGUAUGAUUAUUGGAAAAGUUUUUAUUUUCAUUCCAUUGAAUAAUCUUUAGCUUCACAAAAAUCAGUCAAGAGUACUUAAUUAAUUAACACUUAAACAAUAUUUCAGGUUUGAAAUUAUUAUAAAAAGAGAUCAAGUGGAUCAACUAAUUUCCCUCAUUCUUGAUGUGUUAUUUAAUUGUAGUUGUUUCUGCUCACAAAAACCAUGCACUAGAAGCUUUCUUUUCUUUUUUCUUCUUUAGCCAAAAACUUGAAGAUCAUGAAAAUCCAACGAUCAAAAGCGAUAUCGGCCCAGCAGAUUUUAGGUAAUUUUGCUGGGCUAUUAUUGUACUAUAUAGUAUUUAAUGAUUCUCUACUUUAUUCCAUAAUUUUAAUAAAUUUGAUAAUUCAUAUUCAGAUAAAAUCAUCUCAUGCUAGUCGAUAAAAUUCUUAAGAUAUCAGGAUUCAAUCUAAUUUAAAAACUUAAAAUGUUUUAUUAUUAAGACUGAGAACUUGUAAUAACAGGAUAUUAGAUAAUAAAAUUAUUUAUCAGUUGACUAAAUUUGUGCCACAAUCUAUGUUUAAAAUCACAAAUCAGGUAUGCUUUUACAUAAUGCAAAGAUUUCAAUAAGAUAAAGAUGUUUCUCUCUUUUGUAGAAAAAGAAAAAAACUUAGUCCACAAUUUAUGUUCCUCUCUAAAUAUAAUUUCAGCUUACAAAUAUAUGAAAGCAUAAAUCAGACUUAAGUCAAUGCUUAAAUAUGGCUUCAAUAACAGUGUGAAUCUAAGAUUACCAAUUAGUUUUUUAUUACAUUCCUAUACUUUUGCCUUGUACGAGCUUUGUUAUUUGAAGACUUUUAUAAUAAGAUUCGAAAUUUAUUGGGAAAAAAAACUUUUUGGUGACAGUGCUUUUGUUAUUUUUUCUUCUACUUAUUUAUCUCAUCAUUAAUAAUAUGCAAAAUUUAACACAGAAGCAAAUAUCUAAUCACAUUUGUUUUAAAAUAAUUGAUCCUGUGUCAUUAAAGAUCAAUAUUUAAUUCUUCAUUGAUGGGCAAUCUUACCAUAUGCUAAACUUAAUAUGAGGCAGCAAAUUCUUUCCUAUGGAAUCGUGCAAUUUCUGAAUCUUUUAUGUUAUGAAUUAAUUUUUUAAUACAGGCAUAAGAGAGGUAAAAGAACAAGAAGUCUGAAAAUCAACUCAAAUCACGAAAUAAUAAAUAAAAAAGCAUGUGAAGCCAUUUUGCACAAAAAGAAAAUAUUUAAAUUAUUUUCAUACUUAUUUAAAAAAAAAAUUCUUUUCUACUAUAUGUGUACGUUGACAAUAUAACAAACUGCCAAGCUUUAAAUAUAAAUCAUGAUUAAUAAGAAUAAAUUAAUAAUAAAAUUUAGAAUUUUAAUUUUUUUUUUUUUUAAAAGUCAGAAAUUUUGCUAUAGCUUGGAAGAAUCCCAUGCCUGAUAUUAAUAAUUGAUUUAAUAAUAUUAAUUUAUAUUAUUAAUUUUUGACUAGCCUGGGUGAAUGAGGACCCUGUUAAAUGAAGAGAAAAGAGAGUACUCUAAAAUAUUUGCAUGCGAUGCUCUGAAAAGCUACCUCUUUUAAAGUUAAUUUGUUCGCAAUAGAUAUUUAGUUUAUUCUUAUAUAAAUUUAUUGCAAACAAUACCAAAUUUAGCAGACGCAGUGCUAAUUUCUAAAUAUAAGAAUUUAACCAAUGAUUAAGAAAAAUCUAUAAAACAAUGAAUGAAUAUGUACAUUUUCAUAAAUAAUCAGAUAUAUUUUUUUAUGAAAUCUUCAAAGAGAUACUAAAUCAGAUCAGAUACUAAAUUAAUCAAGAUAUUUCAUUUUAAAAGAUUUGAUAUUAUAAACUAGAUUUGAUCAGUAAACAUUUUGAAUUAGCUCCUCGUCAUUUCACUAACUGUAAGACUUCAAUUGAGCUUCAUUAUAUAAUCAAUUUAGUAAAUAAGAAUUUAUUAUUUAAAAAAGUGGAUAUAUAGUUAGUAUUAUAAUUUAAUUUUAGAAGCUUUACUAGAAAAACAAUAUUAGUAUCAAAGAGAAACAUUUCAGUUUGAAACAAUGAGCUAGUUAAGAAUAUAAAGAGCAUUUUAAACUAGAAAUAUAAGUAAGUAACACUGUGGUUAUAGUUCAUAUUUAGAUUAAAUAAUAAUCUUUAAUUUGCAUUUGUUUUUAAGAAAUUUACUUUUAAAAGUCGUUCAAUUUUGUGUGUGUGUAUUUUUCUUUUUUAGCUUGCUUAAAAUAUUUAUUUGCAUUUUUUUCAUCAACUUACUUGCAAUUAAAGAAAUACAGAUUUGAUUUUUUAUGAAGCAUCCUAUUUAUAGUAUUAUAUGUGUUGCCAUAAUAAGUUACAUAAAAAGUAGAUCAAAAGCCCAUAUAUAAGAGAAAGUAUAUUUUCACAAUCCAACUUGUAAUAGUGGAUAAAAUGAAGUUUAAAAGUAACUUAUAAAAUCACUCCUCUGUGUAAACCAUGUUUUGAAUUCAAGAAAAACUAAGCAAAGCUUUUGAAAUAAAAAGAGGAAAGGGAGAAGAAAUGUCAGGGUAAUAAAUGCUUUUUCAAAACGAAUAUUUCAAACUCAGCGUUUAAUCAUUCUAAUUUAAAAAACUUUAGUGAUUUUUUUUAAUCAAAAAAAAUAAAGCAAUGAGUUUUUGAAAUUUCCUUUAAGUAACUUUACUACUAAUAACUUUCUCAUGGUGCCGAUAAACCUACCAGUAUUAAUUCAAAGUUCUAACUAUUAAGUUAUAAAAACUUGGUGUUUUUUUCAUUCAAAAUAACAAUUUUUAUUAAAUAUUUUGAAUUAAAUUAUGCUUUAAUAGAAAUUUGUUUACAUCUUCACAAAAAUUGUUUUUGUUAUUAUUAAAGUCAUUUUGGAAUGUUUUAGUUUAGUAGCAGAAUAAAAAAGAAAAAAAUUGUGGAUAAUUUUUUAUUAUUAUUAAAUUGAAAAUUCAAACUAAUUAUAAAUUUAAUGUUUAUCAUUAUAAAUAAUGCUCAAAUUUGAUAAAGUAUUAAGUCUCCUAAAAAUUAUUCUUUUUUAUUAUAAUACUAUUUAUAUUUAUAUAUAGAAUAUAUAUAGGUCAUAGAAUCUCUAUAUAAAGAUUGUUGUAUUUAUAAGCUUUUAAAUCAAAAUAGCUUUCUCAUUUCUUUAAAAUGUAGAGUUUGACUAUCUUAAUUAAAAAAGGCACCAAACUUUUUAGGGUUCCAAAGUAUCUUACUUUUCCAAAAAUAUCCUGAUUCAAGUUUUUCUGAAUGAAAAAAAAAUUUUUUUAAUUAUCAAAUAUUAUAAAGUUAAUGUUAAAGAUUAUUUUUUCCCAAAAUCUGUAACAAACUGAAUAGAUUUUUUGUACUUUUUAAAAAUUGUGAGAUUUAAUUUUAAGAUCACUAAAUAGAAAAUUUCAUGUUAUUUUAUUAACAGUUACUAUGUUGAUUAAUAUCAAUACAUAAUAUUAAUUUUGUUGCAAUUUUUAUUACACAUAUUCAUUUUGAGUUAUACUGUAAACUUUGAAAACAUUUGAUUGGACAGUUCUGUAUAUAAUAAUUAUUGCAAAUUUAUCUUAUGUAAAUAAUAAGUUGUAAAUAUUUUCUUAAUGUUGAAAAUAAAGCUUUAUUUUAUGUUGCAA